ACCUACAGCCGUUCUCUUAAUACAUCCAUGCCUACAGCAGGUGGCAGCAUUUACCGUUUACAUUUGUUGCUAGGCAACCAUAGUAACGAAAAUGACAGAGUUGCACCAGGCAGCUGCAGCGGGGGAUUUUGAUCAAGUUGAGGAGAUUCUGAGGCAAAAUGAAUGCAAUCCCAAUCAGAGAGAUAUCGACUGGAGCUACAAGACACCUCUUCACUGGGCAGCAGCUAAAGGACAUACAGAAACGGUCAGGAUCCUUAUUGAGCAUGGAGCCAGGCCAUGUCUGAGAACAGAGCAUGGAUGGACUCCUGCCCACAGUGCUGCAGAGUCUGGCCGGCUGGCUGUGCUGCGGCUGCUGCACUCCCUCCAUGCACCUAUAGACAAGGAGGACUGCUGUGGAGACAAACCAGUGCGGAUAGCCGAAAUAUAUGGACACCAUGACUGUGUUCGAUUCCUAAAAAAAGCAGAAAUUGAGUGCCAGGCCUACCGCAAGAUGGCAGCCCAGAAAGGGAUUUCAAUGGAUGACACAGACGAGGAGUGGGCAGAACAAGGCAAGGAAAAUGAAGAAAACAGGAUCUCUAGCAACAUUCAGACAUAGGCUUAACUCCCCUUUAUACAACAAAGUAUGUACAAGAGUUGUGCAUAGUGUUUCAGUGCUUUAGCACUCAAAAACGUAUCUAAUAAACAAACAUUCCAUCAUUGUUAAAGUGGACUGUAAUUUCAAUCACAAGUAAUAAACCAAAAUAAACAACAAAAAAGUAGGCACAUCAGUAGAGUUAAUAAAGGGGAACCACACAC